AUGGAUGAUGAGCAUAGAGAUCUUUCGACCGCCGGACUGCAAAGUGCAAAGCCAACAAAGGCACAAAAAGCCGAAUUAGAACUUGAACGCAUACAAGCCAUGGAUUUCGCGAGUCGGGAGAACAGUUUGCUUAAGCGUACUUCUGGCACGAAACGGAAGAGUGUGCGUUUCUCUACUACCAUCGGGCGACACCGAAGUACAUCGCCAGUUGCUUUCAGCGUUCCCUCGAUCGUCACGGGCAACCAAAACGUCGAUUCGACUCAUAAUAGCAACCGCUCCCAACCAGCAGAUCAAUUGCAGCAUGGAGAGUUACUUAUGCCCGUUCGGUACUCACCACCCUCAGGAAGUGAAAGCGAGAAUUCUACCAUAAGCAACGACUCCUGGGAUAGUAUCCAGCACGAUGCUAAGCGAUCUGAUGUACAAUACGCAUUACCAGAAGGCAAUGUCACCGCAAUAUCAAAGAUGGCAGAUCUCACUGUUGAUACGGACUCACAUCGAGGACAUACACGGAAUACCAGCAGCUUCUCCAAACGCGGGAGGAGGGACUCGCAUCAAUUUGACAUCUACUUCACCCCAACAGACUACACUCGAUCUCAGAUCUUUCUUUCGAGCCCUGUAGCUAGCCCAGAACUCCCGCCGGAGAAGGCAGAAGACGAGUGCUUGACGCCCAAAGCGUCAAUGUCCAGGCCUCCCAGCGCGAUCUUCUUUGGAAGUGAUUCAACGCCUUCGUUGCGUGAUGAGGUGAAGAGGGAGAAGCUCAGCAUCACGCCAGGCCAACACGAUCAACUCAUCAUAGCCCUUGCGAAGUCACAGCUCAUUCAGCGGCAUGUGCGGAAGCAGUGGUGGAACUCCGACGACAUACCAGAAGACGAGUCGACCUUCUCCGCCAGCUUGACCUCUCUUACCGCAUCGAAUACUGUCUCGACGACACACUCUCGGCCCAAUGGGAAUUAUCUCGCAGAUCAUCGCAGUCGCCAUCCUCAGGAUCAUCCGUAUGCAAAAAGACCACUGCCAUCACCGCCAGUCCCAUUCGGAGGCAUCGCGUUAUUAGAUUCCAGGAUCCACGGCUCCCCAGUCCGAUACACCUCAGGAGACUACCGCCAAGGCUCGCAGGUAGUUGGUAUCGGCUCCUGCACGUUUCUAAAUCUGCCUUAUGGCACAGAUGUGGAGUGCACACUACGCAUCGAACCUGCAUCACCCUUCAACGACAACUGUAAAGUCAUGCUCCAAGCCGCCAACCAAGUCGUAGAUCGAAAGACCAGCAAACGAGCAUACCUCCUCGCCGCAGACGUCGAUGUCACAGAUCUCUUCGCCAAAGCAGCUCUCACAGAACUCGCCGAAGCAACAGGAAUGACCUAUGACGAUAUCAUUAUUCAGAAGCCACCUCCAGUUUCCUCGUCAGAAGACACCAACAGCAUCGACUGGUGUGCUCUCGCGGAUGAGAUGCAGAAUACUGCAGAUUCCGUCCAUUUGAUCGACACCGCAGUUCAAGCCUUUGCCACGCUCAAACCCGAAAACUGCGCGAUGAGAACCUURGCUCUAAUGUCAGAACUCGAGAGGAUCAAAGAUCAACAUGUGGAUUUCCUAAUCAUUGUCCCGACAAAGUUUCAUGACAAUGGAAUGCCGAGUAAUAUGCGUAUGCCGUGGGUUUCGCAGAGGCUGUAUAAUGAUUGGUAUGGAGGUAAAGAUGGACCGGGAUUCACGCAGACGGCGAGGGCUUUCCAGGAGGGAAUUGUGGGACAUGUUGCUAGAAGAGCUAUAGGGAGGAAGAAAUUUACUGUGGCGGUUGGGUGGAAGGGAGAGGAUCAGGUCGUGCAUUGUGUGCCGCUGAGGGCGAAAGGGGAAGGAGAAGGGGCGGCUUGGGUCUGUUUUCUUCGGGGGGAGUUUGACUUGCAGCCGUAG